AUGCUGAAAUAUUUAGCUGUCAUUUGUCUUGUAUUUUUUAGUUGUCAUCUUGUGGCUGCAAAAUUGCAAGUUACACCAAAUAAUGAACGUGGCAUCAAGGUAGCAAAUGGUCAAACUGCUGGUGAACACGAAUUUCCUUUCAUUGUUUCCAUUCAAAAACAACUUUCGUCCGGAGCUUUCGAACAUCUCUGUACAGGAAGUAUCCUAUCGAGUACAUUUGUAUUGACAGCUGCUCACUGUUUAGACUCAUCUACAACACUUGUUGUUGUUUACGGAACUUAUGACAAUACAUGUUCAGAUAAUUGUAAAUACAUCAAAGUCAAAAAUCAAAUUGCUCAUCCUUCCUAUCAGAAAGGAACAGAAAGAAAUGACAUUGCUGUAUUUGAACUUGAAAGUGCAUUGCCAAUUGAUGAUUCAACUGUUAGUACAGUUUCUAUUGAUGCAAAUUCAAUUGCAAUUCAUGAUGAGGAAAGUGAUUCUUCUAGAUUAGUUUUAAUUUCUGGUUGGGGAGCUUUGAAUUCUAACUUGGAUUAUCCUAAAAAGUUACAAAAGGCAUCUGUUCCAAUUGUUAAAAUGUCAUAUUGUAAUAAUUUGAAUUUGGGUGGAGUUGAUAUUGAACAAAUUUGUGCAGGAGCUGGAAAUGGAAGGGAUGCUUGCAGUGGAGACAGUGGUGGUCCUUUAUUUAGAAAAAUAUCUUCCUCUUCAAAAUAUACUCAAUUUGGUGUUGUUUCGACUGGUUAUGAAACUUGUGGAGCAACUGUUAGUAGAGGACUCUAUUCGAAUACCACUUUCUAUCUAUCAUUCAUUCAAACAUACGUCCCAGGAGUUUCUGUUAAUCAAGAUUCGGAUACUGUCAAUCCAGGAGAUAUUGGAACUGGUAAUACUGGAACAGGUUCUCAAAUUGUAUAUACCUCACUAUCAUUUAUUGUACUUUUAUUCAUAAUUUCACUAAUUUUCUAA